UCCCGUCUCACCUCACGUUAUCGCUAAUUCAUUCAUAUAUCUCUCUCCUCAGACACCCACGCUUUCUCUCUCUUUCUUCGCUCUUUCUCUCUCUUUUCUCUUUCAAGCACAUAACUUCUCACUUUCUUUUCCUACCCGUCUACGUUUUCUUCAGAUCCAACCACAAUUUAGAUCACCAUCACCACCACCACCACCACCAACAACAUUUCUUCUUACUUCCGUCUUCAACCACUCUGAUAGGUUCACCCCCCUUUUGCUCUCUAUGCCAUUCCCUCAGUCGGGAAGGGUGUACCUGAACCGGAGUGUCACAGCAGCGUGCAGAUAUUUCAUUAGUCUUGUAGAGCUGUUGGCCUUUUCAGGAUGGGCAAGUGCAAGGGCUGUGGGAAGUUAGGAAGAAUGAGACCAAGGGAUGGAUCUAUGAGUGCUUAUGAAUUUUCUCUUCUGUUGUCUCCUGUUGUUUCUGUUUGGGAUUGCAUUGUUCGCAAGAUGAGGUACUCAUAUAGGCCUGAGUGGGUGUAGCUGUUUCGUUUGCAUCAAUUGUGUAGCAUUAGUCUAAAUACUUCAACUAAUUAGAAUAUAUUUAGCAUAAAGGAGUUCAGAAAAGAUAAUUUAGUAUUUAGACGCAGUUAUAUUCUAUGGAUACCAUGGCAUGUAAUAAAGGGCAACAUGUGAGGAAGGCCAAGAAGAAGCAGGUGAAAGACGAGUUGGAUCGUCUCAAGCAGGCUGAGAAGAAAAAAAGGCGCUUGGAGAAAGCUCUCGCGACGUCUGCCGCCAUCAUUUCCGAAUUGGAGAAGAAGAAACAGAAGAAGAAAGAGGAACAACAAAGACUAGAUGAGGAGGGCGCUGCAAUUGCCGAGGCCGUUGCUCUGCAUGUUCUGCUCGGUGAAGACUCGGAGGAUUCGUGCAAGGUUGUUAUCAACGAUGAAACAUGCAAGACCUGGAACUGCGAUCGUAAUCUUGACAUCUUCGUGGGUGGAGAGAGAGCUUGCUUCCCUCAUCUAUACGGCGGCACAUGGUCUGUGGAAACAAGGGGUUGGGUCACUGAUGCAUACAGAUAUGGUUGCAAGUGGGGAGCUGCUGAAAAUGGAGGGUGGACAUUUUCAUCAGAGCCUCUCGGGAGGAAUGCACAUGAAAAACCACUAUAUGAAGAUGCAACAGGAUGGGGGCGUGCCGGUUUCUCCGCUGAUCUUAUCGCCGCACAAGCAGUUUCGUCACUGCAGAUUGCUGAGGCUGAUGAGGAAAGGAUUAUCUUCUGAGAAAAGAAGGGAAUGCUGAGACUGAGAUGGUGAUAAUAUUAACCGUGUUGUUGUGUUUUUGUGCUUUUUUUAUUUUGCUGGAUAUGUGUGUAUAUAUUAUGACUAUACUAUGAGAGUCUUGUCAGAACAUUUCUUGCUUCAGUUGUGUUUGAACACUUAACAUGUUGCUUUGCUUUGUCACCUUGUUUUUUGUUAUUGAUUGUUUAUCUUUUAACUGUAA